CCUAUCAGAACCCUAUAAAGCAUUUACUAUUAAAAUUUCUGAACUGGUUGUGCCUAGAAAUAUUCAGGAAGCACUAGAUGACCCGAAUUGGAGGCUAGCAGUGUUUGAGGAAAUGAAUGCUCUAAAAAAGAAUGGUACUUGGGAAAUUGUAGUGUUGCCAAGAGAGAAGAAAAUUGUAGGAUGUAAGUGGGUGUUUACAAUAAAAUACAAAGCUAAUGGAAGUGUUGAGAGAUACAAAGCUAGGCUUGUGGCUAAGGGAUUUACUCAAACACAUGGAAUAGAUUAUCAAGAAACGUUUGCUCCAGUUGCUAAAAUUAAUUCCAUUCGUGUUAUUAUCUCUAGCAGUCAACUCUAAUUGGCCUUUACACCAGUUAGAUGUUAAAAAUGCCUUUCUUAAUGGAGAUCUAGAAGAUGAAGUGUUUAUGAGUCUUCCACCUGGAUUCGAAGAUCACCAUGGAGUAGGAAAAGUGUGCAAGCUGAGAAAGUCUUUAUAUGGACUCAAGCAAUCUCCUAGAGCCUGGUUUGAACGUUUUGGAAAGGUGUUAAAGUGUUAUGGGUAUACUCAGAGUCAAGCAGAUCACACAAUGUUCUACAAACAUUCAGAAGAAGGUACAGUGGCUGUUCUAAUUGUAUAUGUGGAUGAUAUUGUGCUCACUGGGGAUGAUUCUAGUGAACUCGAAAAGUUGAAAAGAAGACUCGGUGAAGAGUUUGAAAUCAAGGACUUGGGUAAUUUGAACUACUUUCUUGGAAAGGAGUUUGCAAGGUCCAGAGAAGGUAUUUUUGUUAGCCAGCGUAAGUAUGUACUGGAUCUUCUCAAUGAGACAGGUAUGAUGGGUUGCAAACCUGCUGAAACACCUAGUGAACCUAAUGUUAAACUUCAACCUGUAGAUUUGAAGAAUGUGAAGGACCAGGAGUUGUAUCAAAGAUUAGUAGGGAGACUAAUUUAUUUGUCCCAUACACGGCCAGACAUAGCUUUCUCUGUGAGCAUGGUAAGUCAGUUUAUGCAUUCACCUGGUUCAAAGCAUUUCGAUGCUGUUCACAGAAUUCUAAGGUAUCUUAAGGGAACGCCUGGGAAAGGUCUCUUGUUCAAACCACAAGGACACCUAGAAAUUGAAGCUUAUACCGAUGCAGAUUGGGCUGGAAGUAUAGUAGAUAGAAGAUCUACAUCAGGUUAUUGCUCAUUUGUUGGUGGGAAUCUAGUUACUUGGCGAAGCAAGAAACAAACUGUGGUAGCUAGAAGCAAUGUUGAAGCUGAAUUCAGGGUUGUUGCUCAUGGUAUCUGUGAAAUGAUUUGGAUAAAAAGAUUGCUUGAAGAACUGAAGUCAUCACAGUCAACUCCCAUGAAGUUGUACUAUGACAACAAGGCAGCAAUUGCAAUUGCCCAUAAUCCAGUACUUCAUGAUCACACAAAGCACGUUGAGGUAGACAAGCACUUUAUUAAGGAGAAAAUUGGCAGUGGUCAAGUUUGUAUGCCUUAUGUCCCUACUGAACAACAAGUGGCAGAUAUCUUUACAAAAGGAUUAUGUAAAACACAGUUUGAUUUUCUAACUGGCAAGCUGGCUAUGGAGAAUAUUUUUAGUCCAACUUGAGGGGGAGUGUAAGAAAAUCAUUCUAUUUUUAGUAUUAUUCUUGUGUGGCUGUAAGUCAGCUAUUGUAAUUUAUUGUUCCAUAUUUGUAGGGUAUAGUUAAGAGUUUUAUUCUGUCAUUAUUAUUUGAUUUUAUUUCCCUUUUAAGGGAUCCUUGUACAUGUUAAAUACAUGGUUUUUUAUGAGAAAUAAUAUACAGAAAUUACCCUCUUUGUUGACUACACGUAGGGCAGGUUUAUCACUAUCCCAGACCAGUAACUGCUAGGCACAAUCAUUUGAUUUUUUAUAUACAUUAUGGGGACUUGGGCCCCAACCACUUCAGCUAGACUCACGUGGCUAGACAGUCUUUUGGUAGACACAUCAAAAACUUGAACUAGAAAACAAGGGUGGCCUCCUCAUAUUGUUUUUUUCAACUUAAUUACAGAAAAAGAUAAAAAUGAUGAAAGAAAAUGCC